UCUCUCUCUCUCUCCCUCCGUGGAAUGAUGCAGAGAUGUCACAAGAAGAAAACCCAGGUCCCUCUCAUAGCACUGAUCUUCUUUGUGUUCAUAGUCUCUACAAUCCUCUAUAAUGAACGUAACAUACAACAAAUCCAUCAAGACCAAGCUCACAAUGAUGAUGGUCAUCAUCAACCUAUAAUCAAGCAAAUUCCUCUGUACAAGCUUUCACCUCCGCAGAAUAAUACCCACCCAAACAGAUCUCCAGUGGUUUUGGAUAGGUAUAGUACAUGCAAAUCCACAGUAGAGUACAGUGGACGGAGAGCUGAGUGGGAUGUCCCUGUGCCGGAGUCCGAUAACCGGAGAGCAAGUCUGGAGACGUGUGACUUGUUUUCAGGCAAGUGGGUCUUCGACAACACUUCCCAUCCACUAUAUAAUGAAUCGGAUUGUCCAUACAUGUCGGAUCAAUUGGCUUGUCACAAGCAUGGAAGGCCGGAUUUGGGAUACCAAUUCUGGAGGUGGCAACCCCACAAUUGCAAUUUGAAAAGAUGGAAUGUGACUGAGAUGUGGGAGAAGUUGAGAGGGAAAAGACUAAUGUUUGUUGGAGAUUCACUGAAUAGAGGACAAUGGAUAUCAAUGGUGUGUCUUCUACAGUCUGUAGUUCCAGCAGAUAAGAGGUCCAUGUCGCCCAAUGCUCCUCUUACCAUUUUUAGAGCAGAGUUGUAUAAUGCCACUGUGGAGUUUCUCUGGGCCCCACUUAUCGUUGAAUCUAAUUCUGAUGACCCAGUCAAUCAUAGAUUGGAGGAACGAAUAAUGCGUCCUGAUUCAGUUCUUAGGCAUUCAUCUCAAUGGGAGCAUGCUGAUAUACUUGUAUUCAACUCAUACCUGUGGUGGAGACAGGGCCCUGUUAAGCUAUUAUGGAGUACUGAAGAAAAUGGGGUCUGUGAAGAGAUAAAUGGGCUGGGAGGUAUGGAGUUGGCCAUGGAUGCCUGGGCAAAUUGGGUGGCCUCUAAAGUCGACCCCCUCAAGAAGCGGGUCUUUUUUGUGACCAUGUCCCCUACGCAUUUCACGAGUCAAGAGUGGAAGCCCGAGAAUGAUGGAAACUGCUAUAAUGAGAAAACCCCCAUUGAAGAUGAAGGAUACUGGGGAAGUGGUUCCGACUUGCCUACAAUGCGCAUGAUAGAUAGGGUGCUGAGCAGGUUGAGUUCAAAGGUCUCGGUUGUCAAUAUUACUCAGCUCUCAGAGUAUCGAAAAGAUGGUCACCCUUCCAUUUAUCGCAAGUUUUGGGAGUCGCUGAGCCCCAAACAACUGUCAGACCCUACGAGUUACUCAGAUUGUAUACAUUGGUGCUUGCCUGGUGUGUCUGAUGUGUGGAAUGAGUUGCUAUUCCAAUUUUUGUAAAUGAAAUUCAUUUAUGUAAGAUACAUGGUGGAUUUGUGAUCACUGUGGAUGAGAGAGAAUUAAAUUUUCAGCCCGAGCAUUCUUAACAAGCACAGGAAUGGUGAGGUAGUUGGUCCUGAUUUGUAUGAAGCUUAAGUUCUCUCUAGCCCGAUGGAGUCACUCUCUCUUAUAUUUUGUUUGAUACGAUGGAAAAAUGGAAAAUGGAAAG